AUGCUCUCUAAUCGAGGUAACGUCUACAUCAACGCAAGUCUGGUGGUAAGCAAUCAGUACAUUGUGCUGACAGCAAUUUCCGCCCUGUUUUUGCCGACACUUAGUUUAUUAAACAAAACUCCUCAUUUAAUGGUAGAGGGACGCUUACCGACCUUUUUUGCGAAACUCACUCGUUCCGUUGUGCUUUACGGGCUCUAACUCUCGAGCCCAGUCAGCAGCCGCACAGCGGCGCAUGAUGUAGACAUAAUGUUAUUACCGACAAAGACAAGGUAAUUGCAUUCUACUCCUCUUUCACUUACACAGUCGCCAUACAUAUUUUAUUGUCUUCUAAACCCCUCCAAGGAAGCCUGCCGGUUUUCCGAAUUAGGUCAGGCAGACUUUUCAAUACUCAGCUUUAUCGUUGUAACUGACACACAUACACACGCUUGGUGUUUUUUGUCAAAAUGAAAAGUGUUUUACUGAAUAUUAAAAAACUAACCUCAGAAAACAGUUGUUGUCGCCCCCUCCACUGGAGGUAAGCGUCGUUUUAGCGACUUUGGCUACUGUGCUGGGGGUCGGUGGACGAACUAGAAGGUCCCCUUGCCAUCCACAAGGUGACUGCGUCCACUAUAUAUGUGACAUCGCGGCUGCUCAUAGGUCUUGCUUCGGUAACGGGCACGUUCGUGAGGACGGUUGCAACUUCCAGCGGAAGCAUUUUCGUCCCAAUGAUAUUUAUGAACUUCACAUCCUUACAAGGGUCAAACUUGUAUCCUGAUGGCUAUGCUGUGUCCAACAUGGGCAACUUACCGUAUCUUCCAUGUCUCUAAAGUGUAGCCAUUCUAAACUAAACCACCUGUACGCCUUCAGACCAGCAGUCUCCCUAGGCCACCCUUAUGUGCAUCAACUGCUCCACUUGCUCACGUGGAGCGGGCCACCACAGUCGAAUGGGUAUGUGCUUGGACAAGAGGGCAGAAGAAAAUAUGCCAGCAUGAUUUGGAAACGGAGAAAAGACCUUUGCAUAACUCCUUUCUUGCGCACUUAGUAGAGACAUGUGGACUCCGUGAACGCCAGCUAGUUGGUCAAUCGAGUUCCAGCACGAUUUCUGAGGUGGCCACAAUGGCGCUUACCUGCAAUGUGGAUGGACGACAACAACCAGGCUACGCACGUACAGGCCCUUCAUUUGCUGCAGCCAACUGUCAGUUAGCUGAUUAUCCCUAGCCAGGUAGUAUCAAGCCGUUUGUCCCAACGUUUUCACGGCGUCGGAUUACUAGUGCUCUGGCCUGCUCCUUCAUUUGCUCCAAUUGCGGACCAGCCUCACUGCACGUCUGAUCGGUUAUCGACGCAGGCCCAGCCUAACCACACGCCUAAUGGUAUUGGCUCGAUCAGAAAUCACCGAACGCGCACCUGCUUUCGCCAACUUUUUGCUGAAUUUCACAGGGAAAAUUCUCACAGACUCACAGGGCGCCGCGAUACACUGCUAAAUGCAGACACUGGCAUCCAAGAUUCGAGUUCACAAUAGCAUGUGCUUUAACUACUGUUUAGAAGCUGAUUUUCUUCACACAAACAGUCUUCGAUGUUGCACGAAAAAUUUGUAACUGACUUACUGGAAUGCCUUCGAGAAGGAUGACCGACUAUGAGACUAUGUCUUGCCUAUCUUGGUUAUUUUGGAACCAUUUUCUAGCUUUCGCUCUACGUACGGGGUUUCCGACAAGACGGGUUUCAUUUACUAAAGAUGCACUCUCUCGGAGUCGUAUGGUAAUCAGUAGGAGGAGUAGGAGAAAAGUUCUGCCCCCCGUUUUUCUUACAUUGGCAUGAAUGUGUCGAUUAAAUCCACGAGAGUGACAUGGGGUAGAUACCUGAUCAGGUGUGUUACCACAUGUAUGGAUGACCGCUCUCAGUGUUGCUUGGUUGCUUGUGGCUUGGCGUCCUUCUCAUGUUACAAGGACUUGAGUACUUUAAACUGUCAGAAAGAUGACUUCCAAAUUACAAGUUCUCAUUUUUUUUAUUGAUUCCACUCUUAGGGUGUUCAUUUUGGCUAAUAUGUUUGGUCCUUCAUUUUGUGUGAACAGUUCGUGUUCUAUUCUGCCAGCAGUAAUGCCUACUCGUCCUGUCCAUUUACAUCACGGUCGGGAGGCAAUCAAAGGGUUGAGAAUCUGAGAAGGAAGGACAGAUCACUGGAACAAGUUUACUGGCAGGCUGCCACUUUAAAUCACUCUUUUUCAUUUGUUGACUGACCAUGCAGGCAAUUCGCCACUGCUACGCACCAAUCAGAGGUCAGCAAACAAUCCUAGCAGCGGAAGCAGAUAAUAUCGGCCAAGACAAGGCCGGCCCGAUGGAAGGCCGCGUAAAAUUUAAUUCGUGUCUCCCUGCAGGGCAGGUUUUGACAAUUGGUGGCAGAUCCGGGUGUCCGAACUGUCAAUCAGUCAGCAAUUUAUUCGAGUUGUCUCCACGUCCUUCUUAGAGUGCACUUUUUGUAGCGAAAUUAAUUUAACUACGCUCCCCACGGAGGUACUCGCUUGAGAUCAAGACAUAUUUCUCCAGCCUUCUGUAGUUGUAUGAUACAGCUAUGGAUCGUUCGACUCGUCAACUCGCCUCUUCGCUGUACCUACGUCAUUUUUGUCCUAACACCAGUUUGUGUUAUGAAAAUAACAAUUCUUUCUCGAAGCCUUUUCAAAUAUGAAUUUAGGUCAAACAAGUGGCAAAAGUUGCCAGGUCCAACAUUAAUUUUGAUUUAGAAAAGUUAGCUGACUGCUAUCGCGCUCAGUAGAUAGGGCUUUUAUUAGGGAUCACACGAGACCAUAGUUCCUAAUAUAUCUUUACCCAAAAGUCGGUUUCAUCUCGCAUUGGUUUAGGAUAAAACAAAAUAUCUCUCGAGAAUGUUAGGGAGUGCUUCGGGCUACAAAACGUCUCUUUCAAAAAGUUCGGUAGAUGAACGUGAUGAAAGCUCAUAUGCUAAGAAUCUAACGUAAUUUGUACAUUAAUAAAUAAAUUCAGAGAGGCCGAAAAGCGGAUGAGUUAUUUGUUUUUUCAUUCCUCGGACGGCGCUUUGCUGCCGUGAUGACGUUCAUCAGUUGCGCAAAACAGAAAACUGGCCUAUGACUCCCAACGUAUGCCUAGUGCACGCCAAAUGAUGGCCAUCUGGAGUUUGCAAGGCUAAGGCCGGAGCAGGAUAAUUUUCACAUUGGCAGACCGCUUCAGGAAAUAUCAAAUAAGCAGGCAACCCAAAUCCAUCCACGAACAGGCCUUUUCAGCUCAGGAGAUAUGUCGAUCUUUCACAGUUUUCAAACUAGUUUUACGUUACAACUAAGGACUGUUGGGUAUUUUCAAGUACUCUUCGUCAUUGGAAAGUUGUAGAAAUGCUUAAAAAUUCCUCAAGUUCAACUUUGGGUAGCUGUAUUUCAGGUACCUGUUCGAUAGUCUUGUUAUGCAUAUGUGUAUGUAACCAAAACGCCUUCCCUUCUUUCUCCCACCGCGCAGUUUGAUCAUGACCCACGCACUCCGACCUACAUUGCUGCCGAGACGCCACUGCCUGGUACGGUGGCUGCCUUCUGGCAGAUGGUGUGGGAGCAAUUCGCAGUGGUCAUCGUCUGUCUAGAACCAGAGAGCGCCCUCGAGCAGUCAUCGGAGGACUGCCUUGGCAGCGGACACGACAACCCUGACACAACCACUCAGGCUCGCUACUGGCCCCCGGAGGGCUCUUCGGUGUAUGGUAAAUUCGAGGUAAGACAGCAUGCCUGGUCGUUUUCCCUCAGCCGCUUCGUUUUGCGGCCGCGUACAUACUUCAUUUCUUCACAUCAUCCCCACAAGUUUUAAUGACUUCCUCCCGAUUGUACAGAGAACUCAUUGCCAUCACCCAAGGUCAUGUCAGGAUAUGCUGAUAGAUACAUGGCGAAAUUACAGUUUCAGCUUCAUCUGUUGGGGGCAGCAACCGAUUGGCCGUUAUGAUUCGACAUACUCUUCGGCCGAAAACGGUUUGACGGAGAGGAAGCAGCUGACUUUAGCCCUUGUGUUACACACGGUUUAUUGACACGUUCCAGUUUCCUGCCAUAAUAGCAGUUUAAAUUCCCUCGUUUUUAUUAUAAAACAGUGUGGGGGGUUUCGGAAUCGGCCAGCGCAGUCUGCUCAAGAAUAUCAGGCAAAGUGAGUGACCGGAACCGCCUGCUUCAUAAAAGACCGUCAGGCUUUUUGGAAACUCUGUGAUAUAGCACCAUGGACCUCUAUUAAGGAAGCUUGCCUUCCAUCACUUCCUUGCUGUCCAGCUGCACCAAAUCGAAGUGCCAUGGAUGCAAAUUUCGGAAAACUAAUUAGGAGGGCUUUCAGGGACACAUUCAUGCUCAAACUAUCCAAAAACCUCAGGAUACAGAUAUUCGAAGAAGUAACUACUAUCUACUCUAUGGCAUCUGCCGGAGGAGACGCGAUAUGCGACCCAACUCUAGUUGUGUGGAUGUGCGAAAAUAUCUCAAGCCUCCGAUAAAACGCAGUCUUUAUCAGUACUAUGUGGACAUCUGUUGUCUGUCUGACUGAGAUUAGAAUCCCAGACUCCGAGGACACCGAAAUUCUGGUGUAAACUUCCAUAUCGCCCUAUAUAACAGCCGUCCCUGUGACUCCUCCGGGGCAGACCAACAAAAUACUACUUGUUAGAGAAUCAGUCAAUGACCAGUUAGCCUACGUAAGACUGUAAUGGCAAAUUUUUUAUACCUCAUUUCUUCCCGCUUACGCCCCAACAUUAGUUCUUGACCAGCGCGACAAUCAAGCCGUCUAUGCGCAGCCGCGAUAGCUGAUUGAAAAACUCUCUCACGGGACUUUGCUUAUUAUUGCUGCUAAGUGAAAUGAGUGAACUGGACCAGACAACUCUCUAGACAACUGCCUAAUUAUGAGACUGCAAUGCCGUUGCGACUCCAAAGGCAGAAUUUUAUUCUUGCUCUGCAACUCAAGUCGAAGGAGGAAGAGACAGUGAUACGUGGCCAUUAUUUACAUCCCCUGUCCUCAAGACGGUUGAGAGAGUUCUCGAGUUCACGCAAAGCUCUCGUUGUGAUUGGAUCAUAGCAAACACCCAACUGUUUCUCGGAUGACCUCUCGAGCUAGACCUCACAGACAGCAUUCCUUCUGUAACCACCGUAAAAUGACGGUGAAGCGAGUUGUAGGAGACCACUAAAGUUAUCGGGUCGAAGCAGCGCCUUCCAUGUAGCAAGUCUCAGACAUCGGCCAUACUUCAACUCUGUUAAGUUAUUCGUCAAGUUAUUGGUAGACCGUUUGUGCGAACUUUUGCUGUAUGAUUGGCGACUUUAUUGCCUACGUCUGGACCAGGAUGUGGGCACAAGCGUGAGCACCUCAGCCAUCUUCGCGGAUCUGAUGACCAACUCGUCGCCACCCCAUUAGGGGCCUGUGUGCUUUAAGGCGAGCGGGAACUGCAGGUACUUGUCUACCGCUAUCUGAAAACCGACAUUUGAACGAACUGCACCAACUUCGUCUCACGACGACAGCAAUGCGAGAAUAUUUGAGACAGACGUUUUGUGUGGUUUGGGCGUGUUCAGUGCUGCAGCUCAUGAUUCGGUGCUUUUGCCAAUCUGUAGGUGUCAGAGAGAGGGUCGACCAAAAACCUAAUUCGGCCGAGUCAUUCAAGACAUGAUGGUUGUGCUUGAACCUUCAUUGUUCGGUCUCUGCAGCUGAAGUUAAGGGGGGUCGAGCUCUCCAAGUACGUUGCUCCAGAUCGCAUGAGUACAAACAUGUCAAGUGCAAGUAUAUUUUCGCUUACAGACCUUUCUUAUUUCUCCACACUACCAUAAGUUUCGAGAAGGCGAUAAAUGGCCUGCAAUAAUUUGCACACACAUACUUGUUUAUUCCUUCUGGACACUGCUAAUUCCGCUGGCGUCAAGCGUUUCUGCCCUUGUGUCAUUAAGUGUCUAUAAGCGGAAAUAAAUGAAUCCUAGGCCUCCUCUGUGUUCGUAUUUAACUGAAAGUGCUGAGACUUCUUUCCAUAGUUAUUCUUUUCAACAGGUCAUUUGUUCGGGGCUUUCGGAGUAAUUAAUCAAUCCAAGAAGAUCAACCGUAUCUCACUGUAUAAGUAGCGUCAUUCAGCGUUUGCUAACGAAACGGCACGCAGCAGUGUUUAUAAUGAGCGUAGGGGACUGUCGUUCAGAAAGAAAUCUUUGAUUGUUUUGGGAUGUACGGCAUCCCCCCGUCUCUUCUUAAGGCGCCUGCGGCCCCUACAGCUCCCACCCUGGUCUUCAAUCGCAGUAGAUCUUAAGGCUAAAUCUCUGUCAUCCUCCGACUUGGGCCUAUGCAUGCAGAUUUGCCGAUCGCUAACUUCCGGUCCUUGAACUAUUUCUUACUCGUGAUGCGUACUCCUUCCCGAUCUUUUGCAAAGCGUACUCGCCGGAACAGCGUGAAAGCAAGAAAUCGUGUUUGCAUCUUAGCCUUGACGUUAUAAAUGAGCCACGGGCUCUUUACACCAACCCCAGUAAGUCAUAUCUUCCUAGCUGUUCGAACUCACACUAAGCGCACUACUUUUUUUUAUACAGGUGCGAUUUGUGUCUGAGCACAGCUCCAGUGGGAACUUCGUCAUCCGAUCCUUCUACCUUAAAGAGGUCGAUUCCGGCGAAACGCGAACCAUCACUCAGUUCCACUUCCUAAAAUGGAUGGAGGAUGUGCCAUCGUGUGAAGUGAAAACGCUCCUAGAUUUCAGGCGGUAAGUUAACAACGUAUACUUUUAAUUGGGGGCUGUCUAGUCAACAUCUAAUUUGAAGAUGGACAUGCACGCUGAGGCGUUGGACCUGCUUCUGUUUUUGGUGUUUAACUGUUCGAUGGCUGGUACUUUUCCCUGGUUCUUUUCACACAUGUUAUUUUUUAUCCGUUAAACAAGCAAGCUUCCGGUAACGUCACUGGCGAUGAUCCUAGACCUAAAUAUAUGGCCUGUGAUCAGUUAAUGUAAUGUUUGCAGUUUCUCGUGCUGACUUGGCUCAUUUAACGCGUUACUUUUAUUAUAGAUUAUUUUGAAUCUCCUAGUGAAGUUGUAGACAGAGUCGACCCCAAAACUUCAUAGAGAUCCGAAUUGACUUCAGCCAGCUUCAGUGGGUAUAAGAAAACUAUGCCUUUUGAACUACUAGCAGCGCACACUUUUCACAUAAAUGUAUUUCACCAUGCUCUCCAUAUGAGUGCUAGCUAACGACCCUGGCAAGUGAAUCGCCGAUAUUUCUGUUUGUGCGUGCGGCAACUCUGAAGGCUUCAGAUCGUCUGACGAGUCCCCCAACUUUCCCCAUAUGGUUUACAGUGUAAUUGUAGAUUUUCAUUUCACCAUUAUAAUUUUAUAUAAGUACAUGUUUUGGGAGUGUGGUUGUACAAAGUUGGGUCGGAUAUGGUUAUGUAGCCCCGUCUGAAGUAAACAAAUCCCAAUCACCUCUAAUACGAUACCGGUGGAAAUAGGGCUUUUUACAGGUGGGGCAGGGGAACGCAAGGGCGACGACGUCAAGAAGUUGUGUGCAAAUGAAAAGCUAUUAGGGAUGCGCGGUUUACUUUGAGUGGUUGAGAAAUAGUUGCGCUAACCCCUAACCCUAACCCUUAGCUCCAACCUCAACAGCAUUGUGUCCAUAAGGUGGGGCUAUCGAACCACAUCCUACCCAAAUUUGCAUGCAUUAUAUAUGAUCAGACCAGUUAAGGUGACCAAAACCAGCUCAGCUCUUAGCGCUUUAAGUCCCAACCUAACAAUUUCAGUUGCUGGCACUUAACCCCAAGAUAUUUCAAGACAAAGUAAUGAUGCUGAAAUUGAAAUCUGAAGUUAUAUCAUAAAUCACCUUGGGAAACCUGAACACACACCAAUGAUUCCUAGUCCUCGCAUUUGCGUCAUGCAGUCAGAGAAGAUCUGCAGAACAUGUUUCCGGGUCCUCUGAUUUCCCCUGGUUUUUUUGCGUAUGGACUUUAUCGUUCGUUCGAGUCCACCUUACACUAGAAACUUACAACUGUGAUUUCGAACUUGAAGUCUAGACUGUUUUCUCCCCACUAGAAAAGGCAUAGUACUGAACAGCCAGUGGUGGAUUUCGCCAAAUUUAGGUUCUAAAUUCCUUUUACUGACACCAAUGAAACUGUCCCUAUGCGUCUACAGUGAAUGUAAGAACAGCGAGAGGGCGCGCUUCCUCCGCAAGAGUGGCUAAGGCGCACUGUUUGUGCGGUCUACCGGCUGCUAACGUCCUAUCAAACGCUGAAUAGGUGCUCACCACCAUGCCAUAUAACGGUCCGGGUAGCAGCUAGGGAGAGCCCCUGUCGUCCGAUUUUCGCAUGUAUGUUUACACAAUGGUUCGCCUAUUGACCACUACUUGCCUCAGAACAUCGGUGACCUGCUGUAACGGAGAGAACUGGCGCAGCCACGGCCCCACUCUUCCCUACACUUCAUACCUUCAGAUGACCGGACAUGACGACUGGAAGUCGGUGUUGGUGCAGUGAACGACCAGGUAUUCACCGGUCUCUCAAAUACCAGGCAAUGCUGUUGGCCAAGGGAAGCAAACCGGGAUUAACUCACUCGGAUAUCUCAUCAGCGUGGGCUACCAAGAGACCACGCUAAAAAGGGGUCUCUGCAGACUGACACUAAUUCAGGGGGGGGGGUGUCGAGUUAUUCCUCGAUGUUUGCUAUAUUUUACAUUAUCAGAAGACGAGGUGGUGAGCAUACGUAGCUUCCGAUAAAUUCUCGUCGGGCCAGUACAAUUAUAUGGGAAGGGGUAGAAGUAAAACACGUCAGUGAUAAUAUAAAUCGAUAAAAGUUCGUCUUAAAACACCGGCAGGGUGUGGGAAUGUGGGGGAGGGGGGGUGGUAGCAGUCAGUGUCAGGGUCGGGGCGAGAGCGGAAGGGCGCAGGAGAGUUGUAGCGUUAGUCAACCUUCAACCACUGUAGGCGCGGAGCCUGAACGUCGUUCUUCUGUGCGCACAAGAUUGGUUUUCGCAAUCUGAUGGCGGCCGCCUCUGCUGUUGCUAACAAGCGCUGUCCAGCGGUUUAGGAUAGUUCGAUGGGACCUUAUAGAUCAAACGAAACACUUCAUGGGUGUCUACAUGAUGUCCGGAGUCGACCACAUGCGCAAGAAUGGCGCUGCUUAUGCUCCUAGUUUCGCCUUUUCCCAGCCAUGCCGUGAGGUGUUCCCGUAUUCUCUUGGAUAAGCGUCGACUCGUGCGACCAAUAUAACCUGCUCCACAGGAGCAACUGAAGGAAUAGAUGCACAUUGAAGUGGUCUGGGGUGGCAUCUUAUCAGUACCUUCUCUUCUGACACUGACUGCCAUUACCCCCCCCCCUUCCCCCACAUUCCCACACCCAGUCUGUGUUUUAAGGCGAACUUUUAUCGAUUUAUCUUAUCACUGACGUGUUUUACUUCUACCCCCUUCCCAUAUAAUUGUACUGGCCCGACGAGAAUUUAUCGAAAGCUACGUAUGCUCGCCACCUCGUCUUCUGAUUUUGCGUUAUGAAAUCACCACACGCAUCACUGGUUGCCCACCCAAAAAAUUGUAUUUGACCGAAUCCCGGGCCAGAACCCAACCGCAAGGGCGGAAGAAAGUGUGUACUGCUGCCUUUUAAGUGAGAAGGGGCGUGUGGGAAUGUCCAGGGUCGGACUGAAAUUCAACCAAUCAGACAGUGCCCUUGAGUGCCUAGUAUGUCGGCUGGACUACUGGCUCGUCUGACUGGCUGGACGAACCACCAAUGCUGUUGGGAGCUGGCUUGACAUCGGCACGGAGUGUCGGCGGAUCGUCAGGACAUCGCCCUAACACUAGGCCGUCGCCACAGCUCAAUUGCGCGUCACUCGGGUAAUAGCAAUGAAGGAGCGUGCGCAAUCAUUCUCUACCUUUUAAAUCUCCCCUACGGUGUCCGUAGCAAGGCUGGGUCAAUCCGACUGGAAUGGGGAUCAGACGAGGUGACUGGCCAUUACGCCUCCGUUACUGGUACGCCACGCACGUUGAUGGUCCCGGUUCGCUCUGACGCAACAACCAUUCAUGUCGGUUCUUCACACACACCCCUUCUAACACUGUAUCCGCAUUUCUGAGAUGUGAUCUGGGCAGUUAGCGUGUCCUGCGCCUAUCUGUGCACUGUGAUAUCCGGGAAAGUGCACUUAGCGCAAGCAAAUCCCGAUAUUCUAGGCUGUAGUCAACCCCGCUGAACCUAUUGCUUUCUCUUGCUACAAUUAGAAGCAAUAGGUUUGCAGAACAGGGAUUUGGGUGGGCAAGGACCUUUCUUUGCCGGUCGUCACAGUUUACUGACAAAAGGCAGAGCUGAUUAGCGUAUUUUCCUAGUGAGGGCAAAUAAUCUGUUUUGACACAUUUGAUUAAUCCACCCUGCCAGAUUAUGAAAACUCACUGGCUAGGAUUCGAAUCCCGCCAAGACCACUGAGCUCUCACAAACGGGUUAGCUGAAUUAUUCAAAUCCGUUAAAAAAAACAAUUAAAAAGUGAGAUUGAUAGUUAUCUGGUGGAUGCUAACUUGACUGGAGAAUCCGCAUGGACAGUCAGCAUCCUUUGUCAGAAUUGAUGAAUUUCGGUGGACACUUAAACCAAAGUGUGGUCAAAUUCACUGUUCUCCAUCGGGGGAUCGUAGCUCAGGUUGUCAGAGUGCUGGCUGUACUCAAACCUUGCCUUUGCUGUCGUUGUUUCGAAUCCCAUGGAGGCCACCCAGGUUUUCACAAUUGUGUCAGCUGAAAAAUACACUAACCAAACGGAGCUAUCCUUUUGAAUUCUUUCUGAGAUAUCCACAAUGGUAGUCUGGUAAUGUUGACAUGGACGACUACGCAACUUUCUGUCACCGAAGAAUGCAGGUUUAUUCGUCCUCGGGUGCUGCAGUGCGCCAUGCCCCCCUAUUACCUUCACCAUAUGCACACGGGCUUUAGGGGGAGAUUUGGACCACUUACUAGUGAUGGAGUUAAUAUCUUCUGACAUUCAGUCUCUUUUCCUCGGAUGAAGAGCGGCCCCCAUCACACAUCCUACCGUUGACAUCAAAUCAUAAAACAGUCUUAACUGGGAUCCCUUUACAAAGAGGAUUCAGUGAAAGGCUGAGGAUGAACAGUUACUUAGGCCGGCUAGACUGUUGAAGCCACAGACUUCUUUUCUGCUGCCAGAAAAGGCUUUAUGCGAUGACUGUGCGAUUAAUCCUGUCACAGUAUGGUCGCUCGGUCCGCCCGCAAUCACGUGGCUCAUAUCGCCAUGCCCGCUUCUCCCUAUUUAUUAUCUUCUUUGGCCUUUCAUGAAUUCUACUCGUAUUGCAGGGAAUGAGGGUCUUAAUAGGUAUAAGGCCGCCGUUCGCGCUUUAAAUGUAUAAUCUCUUUUUAGGUUUCCCCAUCCUCUGUCCUAAUGCAUAUCAUCUUGUACUUUCAGGAAAGUUAACAAGUCCUUCAGAGCAAAGAAGAGCCCGGUCGUGGUGCACUGCAUGUGAGUUUGUUGCCAGUAAUUCGGCUUCUUACCAAUCUUUCAGUUUCGCUGGAAUACUACGCUUACCGCCUCCUGCCUGUCUAUUAGAUGAAAAAUAAUGUAAUAGCCGUGUUAUUGACCUAAACAAGUUGCCUCCUAACGCACGAAAAGGGGGAAGUUUUGGAUGAUAACCAAUCAGGGACAAGCCGGGCCGUAGAGGGAGUGUUCUUUCAGCCAUUGCCUCUACAUCUGAUUUUGAUUUCUGAGUGUGAAUCAAAUACGUCCAGCUUGUAGGACUUGCUUUCCAAUAAUUCGGUCUUCCCCCUUCCAAAUAGCUCUUUAUUCAGCUGGACAAAUACUGAUGCUAAAGGUAGGUAAUUAUGCUUAUACUAGAGCCUAACGCCCUGGGACAGGGUAAACAUCAUUAUGCUUCAAUAAUGUGGCAACUCCUGCGUGUGGGAAUUGUCAGCGAUUUUCCGACAGUCGGAGUCGGAGUCAGGAGGCUGACGAGGACUUUGACCAGAAGUGACUUAAUUAUACCUCAGCUCACAUUCUUCUGCGCAACUUCUCUGACAAACAGUCUUUAUAUCCGGUUGAGGGUGAUCACCAGGCGCUCAUUGACCUCCACCUGUCCCCAUCCGAAUAACUGACAGUGACGCUCACCAAUUCGAACCCCCGGUUAGGUGUUUCACGAGAUUGUAAUAACCUAGCUAGUCAAUUGUCCCGUCGCCAGUCGACCAAAAAACUCAGACAGGCCACUGGUGUCUGGGCGAGUGAAGAGAAUGUAAGGCCGGUCCUGGGGACUCCUUCCUUGUUGCAGAGCACCUCCUCCCCACGAAUAAAAAAUCCCCUGCUUUUUGCACUAUUAUAAGGCGUUAGACUGCUGGCUGACAGGGAUAAACAAGUCCCAAUCCGAGCUAUGAAUCGGUCUGAUAUGCUCUUCAUAGCAUUCUUGUUCGUGUGAGAUCUGAGACCCUGCUUGACUCACGUUAAACAGAGACUUCACGUUAAGUCGGUCUCCGCGUUCAAUCUCACUCAGAGUUGGCUUGAAUCAGACAUGUCAUUGGUGUAGGGCAGAGGGAAGUGAGAGAGAGUUUGAUCCAACUUUCAUUCAAUGCUUAGAUCUCCUGUCACAGACAACCCAGUUCAUUUUGAAAAUACCACGACGUUUUAACAGCCGUGUCUUGGAGGUUUGUCAACUGACGGGAGAACACAAUCGUAUCCGGGACCGAAAAUUUUACUGAAACUGCCCCAUCUUUAUGGAAAUUCGAUAAUCCUCCACCUCAGAUAAGACCUGAGGCGCUUUAAUGAAAUCUGGCGCGUGUGGAUUUAUGGAUCAGGUCAUGUGUGCCACACGUUGAUGGUGACACAUAUCACGGAGGGCGAAAGUGUUUACAUCAAUAGUUGAAAACAGGAGAAUGUCUUCAGAUCACUACACCAGGCCAACUUUAUUAGCCAUGUCGUGAGAUCCACAUCCGGUCUUUCUGAUUUUGUCUUACCAUGGGAACGCUGAGGGUCCUGAAAGAGACAGUGAGCUUGAUGCGGCACAAGUCCGUUCUACUAUAAAGAAAUUCACGCUCAAGUCAUGACCGAGUCCAUCUCAUGAUGCAGUGGUAAACGUGGUCACCUGUGACGGUCGGACUGUGGCACGCCUAAAAGGCUUAAGUCGUUAAGUUCUGAAAGUGCGCCAGCGGAAAACAAGCAUGGACGUUGCAGCGGAAGUCAUUACCCAUGGCAGGUUGUAUUAUGGUGCAGGAUGGUCUUGUCGCAAGUUUCACGCAGAACGCCGAGACUGCUAAUAAGCAAUACAGGAAAGUAACUUCAACCCUCAAUCUACUGAAAUCUCUUUCAGACAGCCUCUUAGAUCGAAUGACGCAGAAUCAUACGAGAGGCCUGGAACAGAGCGGCAGGCAAUCACCGAUACGACCGUUUUCAUGCUUACUCGGGAGGAAACCCCCAAAGUUCACUUGCCUUGUAAGAGGUGUCACAGGGAGUCUGGAAGAGGUACAAACCACUUCAAUUACAUCCGCUGCCUACCUGCCUAUCAAAUAUUUGUUUCUACCAGUACUCGCACUUAAAGUCUAGUUUUGAUGAUCGGUGAAUGCCUUGUUGAUGCUGCUUCCGGGAGGAAGUCGAGCUAAGCCAGCACGAACGAACGUGGCCUAGACCUCGACAUGACAAUCCUCAACUCUACUGCAACCUACCCUAACAAUGACUCACACACAGGGGGGACCCGAGUUCCGCAAACCUGGCCUCUCCAAACAUGGAUAAGUCAGUGCAUUUGCUGUGCUCGGGACGCCAUGUAGUCAACCACUGGCCUUGCUGAUCGAAACCGAUCUAUAGCUCGCACAUCUUAAAGACCGAUUUACAUGGUCUGCCACCAGGGAGGCCCAAACUGUCGUCGUGCACGAGAGCCACGCGAUACGAACUCUUUAUCCAUUUAGAUUCCUUAACGAGUUCACCGUACAAUGUUGCAUGUUAGAUAGAUGGGGUUAUCUCUUCUGUCACUUUUAAGACGAACAGCUAAAAGACUGAAGACAGAAGACUGGCGGAUCAGUCGAAAUCCCAAAGCAGACCUCCAAAAAUAGGUUCGGAAUCUGAGCUCUCCGUAAACAUUUCUCUUUGCGAAUGAGACUGACACCCUAAAUGUGCGCCUGAACACAAUUAAAGAAAGAAGUAGGCACGUAAAAGCUUUUGAAAGCUUUAUGAAUAUGCAAAAACCUAGUUUUAGGUCAAAAGCCGAAGGCUUAAAACCGAAAUACAACCCUUCUAAAUAUUAAAUUUCAGCGAACUAACAGCAAUAAAUAAGAACUUAAAAAUCCUACCAAGGGAAAGCAGCUGUAUAACAUGGAAGUUUAUACGUUUUUUUAUGUAUGGAUUUAUUCUCCUUGGGAAUCAAACUGCCGUCUUCGAGGAAAUACGUUCAGUGAUAUUUUUUGUCGCCGUCUGUUUUCUUGUAUUUAUCCACACUGACUUGCCGCCUUACUACGCUAUUAAGUCUGCUCCAGAUAAGGAAAGGGAUAUUUCGAAAUCAUUCUACUGACCUGUAGAAGAUUCCCUUUUACUCAAGUUUGGUAAGACUAGUAUAUAAACACCCGCCCUGGAAUCCGCGCACGCAUGACUGCUGCUUGCUUUGUUUCAAUGCGUGCUACUAUUAUUGAAUUAUCACGCCAGCUGUUUCCUGUUGGCAGAAUUUUUAUUCACUUUUAACCCUAGCAAUGGCUCUAACUCCUGGCCUACCAUGACCACGCAAAGCACGAAAUUUGCAUUUCGUGAGCCCUCCCAUUACUAAUUGCCGUCCUUUUAUUCGCCCCACCCAAACAACCCCCUGUCUUCCUUUUCCGAUUUUGCGGGUGGUCUGGAGACAGGGGAGAAGGAAGGGGAGGAAGAGACAGUUUUAAGCCAGUCUGACCCUCACUUUAUCUCCUAAUUGGCUGGGUGCGGCAACCUUCUUUCUUUCGCGAAAUCUCUCCUGUGGUGAUGUUGGGAUUUCUCAAGCGCAAUGGCCGCCAGUCGCCCUGUUUGGAUCGCGGCGGGGGAGGCGGUCUGUCCUCCGAAGAACUGUCAUAUUGAAUGCUACCUUAGCUACCCCGUAAUCACUCUGCCGGUAUAUCGUCCCCUAAAACGGCCUACGCGGUAGGUACGUUGGAUCAACACAAGGGCUAGCUCGGAGUACGGUAGGCGUUAUAGGGGAUGCGCACCAACAUUGGGAUUUGGCGGCAGACCCAGCUGCAGGCUCGCAUCGCACCAUUUGGGAUGCGUGCCGCCCCUCCUCCAUCCGUUUUUUGGUUUAUAAAAUCCUGGCCAGUGUCCGUUGUGGACCGGGGGGUGUGGUGGUGCGCAUAGGUGCGGGCUUACGCCCUGCCAGCCACCUGCGGCCUCUCCUGCCUCCUGUCUUCUUGACUCUGUCUUGACGCGGAGCCCAGGUGGGGGGGGGGGGUGGAAGUGCGGUAGAUGCCGUGCAAGUCCACCAUCACUAUCAACUAACGCGUAAUUUACGGUCCCUGCUCUCAAUCCCCUGUGGGACACGCUGUGGACAUCGGCGACAACGACGGUCGAACUGUCUUAUCACAGACAUGCUUUGGGAUCGCCAUUUUUGGUUUCUGUGAAUCCUGACGCAUGCGCGACAGCUGUUUUAUUUCAUGUGCCUGCUCCGGGGGCUGUGUGAUCAUAAUCAAGAUUAGUAGUUUGAUGAUAGCGUUCUUGCAGUAGCUCUGCUUAUUGCCUUCAUCGUUAGCAUAUUGUCCAUCCGGUAGAAGGGAAAAGGUUGCUUCGUGGAUAUUCAAGUACGGCUGCUAUCCCUACUAAAAGUAGCGCCAACUCUGCCUUGAGCGAUUUGUAAGACCCCCUCUUGUGGCAUCGAACGAACCCGGAUUUUUCGGUAGCCAGCAAAACUAUUCAGAGGGUUCAUUACCAGCAUAGGAAUGUACACAAAAGUGUUGGCAUUGACGCUGAAUAAGCAGUCCAGUAUUUGCACUUUUUCUGUUGACCAAAGACCGAAUCCCAGUGGAGUAUUACGGGCCCCCUAUGCGUUUUUAGUUCUUUUGGUCAACUGUAUAUUCGCUGCCGCAGACCCGAGUCGACAUGUAUACGAAAACAUGAAAAUCGUGCACAUUGCUGCCAUUGACAUGUCUUUGCAGUAGUAAGAGGCAUAGUACCGGACACUCGUUUGCACCAUGCUGCGUCGACCGCUAUUAUUGUUAGUACAUCAAACGUCCUGUGGAUGAAAAUGACUAGGCAGUUUUCAUUUAGUCACUACGCAUUGCUGACAGGGGGAAGGUACUGAGCGUUAGGCGGGAGCGCGUCAAUGCCAUGCUACUGAUCUACCGGUCAGCGACUGGCACGCAGCCUUGCAUGGGGUACGCCAGUGUUUGAUGAUGACAAGAAGUGUGACGGGCGCACGCAGUCACAAAGUCUGUGGGCAAAAAACCACUUGUGGCCUUGAAAUGGCUGCACACCGUCGCCGGCCACUCGCAGCCCCAUGGUCUACAGCAUAUGCAUAAUGAUCUAUAUAAAACAGUAUCGAUCAGGAGGGGCAGGGUUUCGAAAUUAGCCGCCUCAAGAGCUGCCAGAAACUAUCGUAGAUUUGGCAGGCUUUCCGCAUUGAUAAAUUGGCAGAACAUUAAGUGUGUCGUCGAAUAUAUUUCCUAUAAGCUUUCGAUUACAAUCAGAGUCCGCCCACUGAGUCUAGAAAAGAUUUACUUCUGGAAGAAAGCAACAUCGGAUCCAGUGCUGGAAAAAAAGACCGAGGUUACUCACUCUCAACUACGACAGGCGUGGGGAGUGGUUUGGAAGCGGAAGGUCAUAUGUGCCAUUUUGUGCUUCAUUCUGUCCCCACGCCCUAUUGGGCCCACAUUACGUUUGCAUAUGCUCUCGAUUUAGUUCGAUUUUUGUGCGAUUCACAUUUUUUAAAAAAAAGAAACAGAAGGCUCUCAGUAUUCACCUUUUGCCACUUCACGGCAGCAGUGCUGCUCACGCAUCAGGCGCUACAGUGGUGGUACCGAGAGUUUGUGGAUUCGGUCAAAUAUAUCGCCCAUUCUGUUUCGAAAUGGCUUCUGCCUCCUGCCAGGAUGUUAUAAAGGAUGUGAAGAGUGUAAGUUAGAAAGAACAGAUAGGUUAGGCUGGCGAGAAAUGUUUCCGUGAUACCGAAAGCCCUGUGAAUGCAACACACGAAUAGGCAAUCAUUGAGACUAUGUUUGAAAGUGGCUUUACUUAGAUUCGGAACGUUUUCGACCCACUGACGUGUAUCUAGCUCCUGCGCGUCGGUUGGAAUACAAACGUACUUUAGCCGACCGAAUUCUGAAUGUCCAGUGGUGUUUGAGCGGUUAAGCAUACAAGACGCCUCCGAACUUUAUUGUCCCUUUCGCUGGAUAUCAGGCGCCUUUCUUGACACCGACAAUCCUAGACUGGAGUAAACAGCAGUCCUUUAGCCCGAGGAAACCCAGUCUUUGUUUGAAUUACGAGAUUCCCAUGCGAAAGUUGAAUUUUACCUGUUAAUUUAUCAGUAUCUUUUCCGCUUUAGCGAUGGGUCUGGAAAGACCGGGACCUAUCUUCUGAUCGACUUGGUCCUAAACCGCAUUAAUAAGGGCGUAAAGGAGCUGGAUGUCGCUGCGUCAAUCGAACAUCUGCGUGACCAGCGCCAAGGCAUGAUCAAGUCCAAGGUCAGUUUGUCGCUGUUGUUUCUGUAUUGUUUUUGAAAUUUAGUUGUCUGUAGAAGGAAUGUAACUAGUGACAGAGGGAGAGAGUGAGAGGAAAAUGACCAUUUAUUCUACCACCUUAUCGAUAUCAUCCCUGUAGGAAUAAUUACCUGUCACUACGCAUGCGCCUUUCAGGACUUUCAGAUUCGAGCGUUAAGACUGAAGGGAACCGAGCAUGCUGCCUCCUGAAUUAAGCACGGUAUCCGGUUAGGAGCAUCCCGUGCAUGGGCAGUGGGUUGCAUCCUGCAGAUGGUGACUGCUUCUCACUGUUCUUAACUGGCAUCCAGUCAUCGGUGGCUCCCCGAAACUAGGCUCUGCAUAGUGGUCACAUUCUGAUAACCGUAUUGACCGGCGGGCUAAACCAGAUCCGGUGUUGUAUGUCCUCACACGCGGUAAUUCUUCUCCCAUUCCCCCCUCCCCUUCCGCCUCAAAAAGUCCUACGGAGAAGGCGACGUGCAAUACCGUAGGCGGCCUAGGUUAACAUGGGUUACGCUCCCACUUAACCAAGCCGUGACCCAUAGUGGAGUUCGGCAGCUGUCUGAGAUGUUUAAACAGCCCCAUCCAAGGAAAAUAGUGCCUACUCCCUCUCGGGGGAAGGGAUUAGAAAGGGUAUUUUGAGCAAAGGCUGGGAUCGCGUCGUUCACACACAGACAGCGACUCACAGAUGUACAACUCACGGUUGAAACAUCCAACCAAACAUCAACCCACGUCCCCACUCCCCACCCCACCCCACAGGUUAGUGGUUAGUUAGUCCGCUCACCCUGACAGCCUGGAAUACUCGUCCUCUUUUAUAUAAUUCGAGGAGCAACCGAUGAGAAAGAAAAAUGGCGCUAGGCGCUCUAGAACUGACGAGCUACAAUGUGGACAUUGUUGCUCUCAGCGAGACUCGCUUUUCGAACAAAGCUAACUGGAGGAGGUUCAUGCAAGCUGCCUAUUCUUCUGGAGCGGCAUCGUGGAGGCAGAACGACGCGACUCUGGUGUCGCCUUUGCCAUCUGGAACAACAUCAUAGGAUGACGGACCUGUCUGCCGCAGGCCAUCGAUGAUCGACUGAUGACACUACGCCUGUUUCUUCGGGAUCCAAAUUCGCCGCCAUCAUCAGCGCUUACGUCCCCCCCCCCCCCUAUGACGAGGCGAAUGACAGAUUCUACGAGGAUGCCCAUGCCCUUCUGGUGACUGUACUGAAGGCGUAGAAGUUGGUGGUCUUGGGUGAAUUUACUGUCCGCGUCCGGACAGACUACGCUGCCUGGGAGUGUCGGGUGUCCAUGAGCUCGGGGUCUGCAACGACAACGGACCCUCUUCUUCUACGAACCUACCCGGAACAUCGCCCUCUUCACGCCGAUGCCUUCUUUCGCCUUCCAAUCCUGGGAAGGUGACCUGAGUACACCCACGGUCGUGGUACUAGCAGCAACUGGACUACGUUGUCAUCCGGGGGCGAGAUUGGCAGCACGUGCUGGUGGCAAACACGAUCUGCGACGUCGACCGUUGGACCAACCAUCACUCCUUAUCUCAAAGAUACAGUACAAGGAGCAAGCUGUACCCGGAGAAUCCUCAAUGUGAGGUUGCAAGACGGAUUCCUGACACGGAAAUGUUGGAACGUACUGGAACCCUCAGCACUCACGUUGUGCUGAGGCAACUACAACUGCACCGGAGAGACCACCUCAUGAGGGUUAUCCAAACGACUCUUCUAUGGAGAUGUCGCUACGGAUGCUCGCCGACAAGAACAAACACUUCGCUACAGGGACAUCCCGAAGAGCUCUCCAAAGCACUUGUAGAUCAACCUGGUGACCCUGGGGAUGGGUGGGGCAUCGCCCAGGGCCGACCGACCCAGAGAAGAGCAGUGAAGUCUAGAGCAAGAAUCUAUAAGGUCAACUGGAUCGCUGCUGCCACAGCCAAAAGAGCGGCUCUCGAGUCAAAGCGCCUCCGAUCUACAACGCCAAUACCCAACCAUCUCCAACAUUUUCACGAUGCCUAGGCAGAUUCGGCGCGCGGAUCGGCCUCGUCAGACAUCUCCGGAUACGAAUAAGACUGCGUUGGAUGUUCUCGGCAUCCAUCAAUUUUCAUGUAAUUGGGAUUGUACCAAACAGGGCGCAUAGUGUGUGUGUGUUGGGGGGGGGGGGGACUCAGGUCUUUAGUGUGCAAUUCGCAGACGGGCUGUUCUUACCUCUGUCAGCCACCUCUCUCAAUGUCAGUAUCAGCUCGGAAAAUCGACUGGGAGGAGACAGUGACAUCGACAGUCUCGACGCAUAUUCCUCACUAUAAACAAUCUGAUGCGUUUGAAUCUUCCACGGUGCGCUAAAUGUCUUAGCUCAAGAAGGAUGUCAACUGACGGGAUAACUCAGGCCUCGCAGUCAGGCCGGUGUGCGUUUGCGUUGAGUGGCCGACUGGUGGACUGAGAUCAGACUGCAAUGGCUACGAUGCCCCUUACGGCAGUCUCACUCAGCUGGGAUCCGAGUCGUCCCCACUUUCUUGUGGCAUUAAAUCCUGGUGGUUUGUGUAGACCAGGAGGCAGUGGUGACACGCCUAGGUGCAGAUUCAAGCCGUGCCAAUCACCUGCGCCCCCUCCCGCCUCUGUUCUUCUUGUCCCUGCCGUGACACUGGGCCCACGUGGCAGAGGAAGAGAGAUAGAGUGUGCGGUGGAUACACAACAAGUCUGCGAUCUCGCGCUCAAGUCACCGUCCUUGCUUUCACCAUGCUGUUGGGCGCACGGCGGACAUCGUCGGAGUCAACGGUCGAAGUGCACAGUUAGGUUUUGUUAAAGCGUCUGCAGUUUCAAGUCCACAGGUCAUAGCCGCUCAGCGCUUUUCAGGCGCCCAUGAAUCUCCCUCUUGCAUUGACGAAGUUGUUCAGCUCUUGUGACACUUUGCCGGUAGCCUUUUUAUUUCCCAGUAGUUUUCUCCUAUUGAGGGUCUCUUCGACCGCUUGUGGAUGAUGCUCGCGUUCUCCCCCAGAUCCACGCCUUCCCAUAAUUAUCGCCAGAUUCUCAAAUGAGUGCUGGGGGCCCGAAGCUUCAGAGGUUUAAACCUGUAGUUCGCACGUUUUUGGAUGGAUCUUCUUAGCAGAUACCAAUCAUACGUUAGAGAGGCGAGAGAUCUGAAAGGCUCCACGCUUGGUCUGAACCGCGUGACUAUUAAUUUCAGCCCGUAGCCCGUAUUUCAACGCUCCCACAUUUUAAUUGGGCAACUAUGAGUGGGCUUCGUGCCAGCAGAUCGUGCAAAACGAUUAGGACAGGACUGUAGAAUUAACGAGUAAAGUCUGGGUGCAAGUUAGAGAGCCGGUACGAUAUCUGCCAGCUGCAGAAGAGAUUGACUUGAAACUACAUCGGGACAGAGAGGUAGCCAAAAUUCUCGAAGGGCAAGAUGGGUUUGGGACGAGUGAUUUCCGUAGAAACGACCGGUGAGCGCCCCUCUACCAUUGUAUGCUCCCGAUUGCAUCCAACGGGACAAGGAGCCCGUGGCUCAGUGGUUAAAGGCGUUAGACUUCUAACUAACAGGUCGCGGGAUCGAGCCCAGGUGUUUCACACUUUGGGGUUGGGUAUGACUGGCUGUCGGCGGCUAAUAAGCCAGAAAUGAUCAUUCCAAUUUCCCUUGUCUUUGUCGGCAGUACCAUUCUGCCUACAUCAGGCGCCGCUGUGUUGCUGCUGCCGGGCUCGAGAGAGCGCCCCUCUACCAGUGAGCUCUCUGCUCACGUGGGAUGAUGUCGGCGGAUAUGGGGGUGGAGAUGCAGAGAAGGGCUUAACUACAUGAAAGUAUGGUGAUGAAGAGGACAAAUAGAAAAUAGAGCAGGGGAGAUCAGGUAGCUUAUCCAAGACAGCAGCCUUCAUUGUUCCAACUGCGACAGCCUCCAACUUUUUGAUGCGCUAGAUAAAGGUUUUCCAUGCCGGAUCUUCGUACGGCAGUUCUAGCUACUUGUCCUCACCGCAACGCCACACAAGUUUAUGACAGUAUGGCAUCAAGUGGUUCUCAGCGUGGGACUGUCAUAGGGGAAUCUUUUGUGGCCGUACGCUAGAUGGAUUAGAGCAGCCAUCCCAGGCAUGUUGGCGGUUGUGCUGAACAGUAUUCUGGUGGUAACAACCUAAAUGAGCCUGUUCGGAAAAAAGUGCAGGGAAUUUUUCCGAGGCUCGCAGAACGAUCUUCAUUUGGUGGGGCAGACCAACGCACGUCUCAGUGUCAAAGUUACGGUCAUAAUGUAAAAGCACCCAGAGAUUUUGUACAAAAUACUCCGUUCCAGAAAAGAACUGCAUGACAAGGUUAAGAUGUUUUUUGCCUACAGGGCCGUUCAAGAACGCAGACCAAAUUUUUUAAAUUCUCAUUGCUUCACUAGAUUAACAAAAUUAGGCAAUGGGACAACGUGCCGCCGUACGUUAAGUAAGACGGUUAUCACGCCGAUAGAUUUACUACUAGCAAUUUAACUGCAUUAAUAUUUGGAAUGUGGUAGCCGGAAGAGCACAAGAAGUAGACUGGAGUCAGGGGGCGUUGGUUCCGGCUAUAGGUUUAUAAUGAAAAUGGAAACCUAGUCUCCACGAUAUCAGCUGACAUUUAUACUUUCUUUGCCAUCUUUUAAUGCAGGAGCAGUUCAAGUUCGUUCUGGCUUCAAUCGCCGAAGAAGUGAACUCGAUGCUUAAUGCCGUGGGGUAA